AUGCCCGAGCCCGUCAAGGUCCUGUUCACUCUCCACCCAGGCCUUGACGCCCUCGAUUUCAUCGGUCCUCUUGAAGUUCUCAGCCAUGCCCGUCACGAUGUCAAUGACCCUGAAAGCAAGGCGUUCGAAAUCACCUUUGUCGGCGACUCCGAAUUUGUCACCUCUGCUCAGGGCGUCUCAUUCAAGACCGACAUGACCUUCCGCGAGGCCCACAAGAAGCUCGCCAACUACGACGUUGUCAUUGUCCCUGGUGGCGGCACCGAUAACGUCCUCAGCAUUCCCUACUUUGGCAAGAACAAGGCCACCGAGCCCAUGGCUCUGAUUAAAUCUUAUGCCGAUAUCCAGACCAAGAACCCCAUGAGAGAGAGAACUCUCAUGUCGGUCUGCACUGGCUCCCUCUUUGUGGCCGAGACUGGCAUCCUUUCCGGAUUGUCCGUCACCACUCACCCCGACUACGUGAUCAAGCUGGAGAACCUCAACCAGAGUGUUUCUCACCGCGACAUGUCCGAGCGAUUCGAUGUCAUGGAAGAGCGCUAUGUCGUCAACAAUCUUCGUUUCGACAUUGACGAAGAAGAGGACAACCCCUACAUCCGCAGACGCUCCGACUCACACUCGGGCCGUCGUGCCAGCAAUGCUCGCAAGGGCAGUUUCUCUCUCAAGCAGAGCAACACUCGUCGCGAGAGCAACGCCAGACGUGCUCAGCUCAAGCUCGGUGGACUUCGUGUCAUCACCAGCGGUGGCAUCUCGACUGGUCUCGAUGCUGCUUUCUAUCUUGUCAGUGCUCUGGUCAGCCACGAGUCCGCCAACGAGGUGGCUCGCAAGAUGCAGUACGAGUGGCACAAGGGUGUCGUCUGCAAGGGUGUUGAUGUCUAG